AUGACGAAAAGCAACCCGUUCAAGCACAAAAGACCUCCGACAAUAUGGGUUGACGAAUCUACCUUCUGCGAUGAGCAGCUGAGUACACAUCCUGCAUCCACGCCAAAUCCAACCAUGACAACUGCUUCCAUCCUGUCCAAUGUGGUGAAGCUUAAGCACGAGCGACCAGAGUCCGGAAUUCGACAGCUGUCUCAGGACCCCUGGCAUACCUUUGAGGCAAUUGGCGAAAUUUUUCAAGAUCGGCCACUCCUCCUUGCACGACACAAAAGUGAAAGAGAACGCCUAGUACAUAUUGAAAAGCUUGAGCAAGGGUCGUUUUCCGCCCCAGCUCUGCUAGAGCUCAUGAACAAAAUCUCGCAUUCUAGCUUUCUGGCACUACAAGAGUGUUAUCUCCACGCUGGGAUGGCUUUCUUAAUCUGGGAGCCAGUGGAAGUCUCUGUCGGUCAGAUAUUGGCAUCAAAAUGCAUGAUCGCUGCGAGUGAAGUUAUUGAAAUCGUCCGGUCGGUGCUGGAAGGAAUUCAGUAUUUGUCGGAUUGUGGGCGAGUCCUCGCCACCCUGAGUGUAGAAACCGUUUUUCUCACAUAUUCUGGCAAGGUCAAGAUAGUGGGCGUCGAGAAAAGCUGCCAAAUCAAAGCUUCGGAAAUGAAUCCUGCAACUUUGAAAUUAUAUGCUUUAGCAGAUAUCGUCGUCAAACUGAUGGGUAAAAAUAGAUCGGCUUAUGAAUGGGGCGACGAAAUCCUGGAACUACCGCGUCAACUGGAAAGCCUCUCUUUGGAGGAGCUCUUACAGCAUAAAACCUUGAACCAGGCGCCAUGUCCAGGAGAAUUGAAAUUGCUUGUCAAUCUAACCAAUAAAACCGCCUACCACCGAGUCGACGCUUACUCUUUUCGUUUGUGA